AAUUCAUAUUUUCAGGUCUUUCCUGCUCUCCUGGCAGCCCGAGUAGCCAGCAACUGUAGGCCAGAGGUGUUGGAGGUGGGGUGUAACAGGGUCAGCCCCUGAGCCUGCCUCUGCUGUAGGUCAUUGCUGCAGCAGUCAUGAGGCUCAAUGGGAGGCAGCCUCACCUGCCCCUGCUCCUCCUGGUGCUGAUAUGGCCCUCCGAAAGCCUAAGUCUGGGCCUGAUACCCUACCAGCCACAGAUAACAGCCUGGGACCUGGAAGGGAAGGUCACAGCCACCACAUUCUGUCUGGAGCAGCCUCGGUGCGUCUUUGAUGAACGUGCCUCAGCCAAUGACACCAUCUGGCUAGUGGUGGCUUUCAGCAAUGCCUCCAGGGACUUCCAGAACCCAGAGACCCCUGCUGAGAUCCCAACCUCCCCACAGCUGCUGACUGAUGGCUACUAUAUGACAUUACCCCUUUCCCUGGAUCAGCUGCCCUGUGAGGACCUGACAGGGGGCAGUGGCGGUAUCCCCGUGCUUCGGGUGGGCAAUGAUGUCGGCUGUUACCAGAAGCCCUAUUGCAACGCUCCCCUCCCCAGCCAGGGGCCUUACAGCGUGAAGUUCCUUCUGAUGGAUGCCAGCGGCUCACCCAAGGCUGAGACGAAGUGGUCUAUUCCCAUUUAUCUCCACCAAGGGAAGGCCCCCAGCUCCAUUGACACAUGGCCCGGCCGGCGGAGCGGCUGUAUGAUUGUCAUAACCUCCAUCCUCUCGGCACUGGCCGGCCUCUUGCUCCUGGCUUUCCUGGCGGCCUCCACCAUGCGAUUCUCCAGCCUGUGGUGGCCCGAGGAAGUCCCUGAGCAGCUACGCAUUGGCUCCUUCAUGGGAAAACGCUACAUGACACACCAUAUCCCCCCCAGCGAGGCUGCCACACUGCCGGUGGGCUGUGAGCCAAGCCUGGACCCCCUUCCCAGUCUCAGCCCAUAGUUUGGUGUCUGCAGCUUGGGCCUGGGGUGAGGGACAGAGAGCAGGGACAUGGGCCCUGGGGGGGGUCUUGCAUCCUCACAGCCCCUAUAGCUGUCUGGCUAUUUGUUCUUCUACUUCUGGUUCUGUCCCUUGCUAAGCCUCUGUCUGUAAGUACAUUUGGAGAGGGUCCUGGUCAGGUUGGGUUCUGCUUAACUUCCUUCAUGUAAGGCUGGAGGAGGUGGUUAGUCCACCCUGACCUUCAGAGAUCCAGGAGGAGAUAGGUGUGGGAGCACAAAGCUGUGAUCCCCACAUUUAGGAGGCUAAAGUAGAAGGGUCAUGUGCUCCAGGCUAGUCUGGGCUGUAGGGUAGGAGCCUGUCUCAAAACAAGUGCCCUCCCCCCACCCCUGCACCCCAGAAUGCCUUGCUCUGCUACAGUUAGUAGGUUGGGCUGGGCCCAUCAUGAGGCAUAUAAGGCUCAGACUUCUGCACUACCCAGCCACGAGGCUGGGAUGCGUCUGCAGAAGAGCCACCCUAGAGCCCGGCUCUUUCUAAGGACAGGACUCACAGGUGUAAAGGUGAGAGGGUGUAAAUGGCUAUUAAUGGCAGCUCGGCUACCUGUCCCAGCCCCUCUACACACAGAAAGAAAGAUGGCCCCCCACUUAUCUGCUCGCUCCACAUCAUUUAUUGAGCACUUGCUAUGUGCCACAUACAGUGUUAGACACGGCUGGUUGUGACUUUGGAGGAGUCUACCUUGCUCUGAAUCUCAGGCUGACAUAUGUCCUGUUGUGAGAUCUGUUACUGUUGAGGAGAUGCCAAUUUGUCCUCAGCAUCACAGUCUCGCAGUUACCAUUAGUGGGCUCUUUGGGACCCACAGUACUCCAUCAAAGGAAUAGCUCUCCAGGACAAAGCCGGGAGUUCCUGCCAUCACCAUUCGGGGGCGCUCGUGCUCUGUAGUCAGGUGGCGGCAGGACCCACGAUACGCUUCUGUUAGCAUAUGCCUGUUAACCUCUUCAUCGUGUGCCUGCCUGCUCCAUCCUUUCAGGGAUGGGGAAGCAUGUAUUCCCAGCCUCAGCCAGGUCAAGCCCACAGAGCUAUCCGGUUCUCUUCGUUGGCGACACCUGAGGCUCACUGACUUGCCUGCGCUUCCUACCCCAUGCCCUGUCGGGCCUGUGUGAUAAAGCUCUUUGGAAAUUAAUAAAUGUUACUGUGGCAGGA